AUGAAUGUCAAUGCUCUUUUGUCAGAGGCUGCUCCAACAAAUAUGAAUAACCGUACGUACGAAUACUCGGCGGCGUCAACGCCUUAUCACAGCAACGGCUCAAUAAUGACGCCGCAGUCACUGUCGCCGAGCACUGAGUGCAAGAACGUUCAUUUCAGGUUCUGCAACUCGGAGCCGAAGACUCUUCACAUAUAUCCGCAUGAUACCACAGAUUCCAUCACAACCACUGUCAAGAACAUGUUUGCCAUAAAACUGCAUGACGAAUAUGGCUUAUCGUUCCAAGACCCGGAGGGGAGAUACAUGAUCCUGAGACAUGAGAACUUCAGCGAUGAUAUGACUGUCGACAUAAGGGUCGAGGAGAAUCCUGCCUCGUAUCUGCAAUACAAUCCUCGACACCCGCAGGCCAUGUUUUAUACCGGACCUGGCCCACGAGGCUCCUUCUCCGAUGGGAGGAGUGUAUCUCCUAGUGCUGCACGAGGAAGGAGAAGCGCCAGCGCGGGUGGGCGCCCCAGGGGAAUGAAGCGCCAAGCAUCUCACCGAGGUGAAGAGGAGCAUUAUGAUGAGCGCUACCCACAGGGAUAUUAUCUACAGCAGCCCCCUCAACAGUUCUUGCCAGAGGAAGAUGGGGAAUCGGAAUCGCGAGGCAGAAUUGAACCGGUGGCGAGUGCGGAUAUCAGUUUGGACAAUAUUGUUGAGGGUUCAAGGAGGAAACGACCAAAAUUCUCAUCUGAUGUAAAUGAUUCUCUUGGUUUUCAUUUGCGUUUGAUCUGUGUUAACCUUAGGAUUAUUUUUUCCAGGAACUGCCACUGUUCCCUCCUCCGGCCCUUCCUAGACAGGAUGGCUCCACGGCGUCAUCGGCCAGCCCUUCGCAUCCUGCACCCCAGGUGACCACUCCUUAUGGUAAUCGAAAUGUCAACUACCCGCACCCCACGCCACCAUCCACAUAUGGGGUCAGUGUUUCAAACGGUGGUCAACCUGCAAACGCUUUUGGGCAAGCUCGGACCAAUGGAUCCACCAUCCCUACGCCCGCUCCUACUGUCGCAUCUUGUAUUUCGGAUGAGGACGUUGCCCUGCAACUGAUGCGCUUGGGGGAACUACCAAGCGGUUCAGCCACUAUAUCUACUCUUGACGAGACAACGCGAGAGGAAGAUAGCUUUUCGUCAGAGUGCGGUGAAUUUGGUGAUGAUGGAAGAAGUGAUACGGCUGAACUGCCCGACGCUCCGCCUGGGGGUCCUGGCGAGAUGCCGGGCAGUCCCAUUAUCUACCCGAGGAAUCACAAAAAGUACAAAAGUUUGGAUGAGAUACUACCCAGUUUUGAUUCCACCGUGCCCAGCGACGAUGAGUGUCUGCCCCCUAUGGAAACGAGGGCUCAGCCACAGCAGCAAUCAGCACCACCACCGCCGCCACCACCACCACCACCAUCACUACCACUACUACAACUACCACUGCAGAGGCACCAGCAGCAGCAGCAGAAUCCACCACCACCACCACCACCACCCCUUCCACAGUACCAACAGCCAAGGGAGAUACAAACACAGCAACGGGUUAAACACGAGCUGUAUUUCCACGAGGCCCAUCAUACUGUAACUGACGAUGAAGAUUUUGAAGAACAUUUCGAUGAUGAGGCUGACGGGACCUAUGAAGGCAAGGAAGAAGAGGAGGAUGACGAUGGAGACUACGACGAGGAGGAUUUGGAUGACAUUCCACUAAAGACGUUACGCGGGAGGAAAACAUCCUCAACCCCGUCCGCCGUACCCUCAACAGUGCUAGGCGCUGCAAUGAAAGCCAAGCCACUACCACAGCCAGCGCCGCUUCCACAAUAUCCUAAGGGCACUGUGAAAGCAGUCAAGCGACAGCAGCCAACGCUAUCAAGCAAACCAAAGUCGAAGCCAAAGCCACGCUCGGAGCCCCACUGGCCCAUCUCUCCAGCCUCACCGCCGGCCAGCCGGAAGCCAUCCGUGGCAUCCGUAGCAAGCAACAAGGCGCGCCCAAACAUCAUGACUGGCGCCAACCCGGCGGCGAAUGCCCACUCACCAAUGGUCCUGUUCGGCCAGCAGACGGCAACACCCGUGGAUGAGAACAAGCUGCACACGCAGUACUUUCACAAUGACAAUAAUAACAAGCUGGGGAUUGAGGAGCCAAUUGUUAAGCCCCGGUGCCAGAGGUGCAGGAAGAGCAAGAAGGGUUGUGACCGACAGCGUCCGUGCCAGCGGUGCAAGGAUGCUGGUAUCCCCGCCGAUGAGUGUAUAUCGGAGGACGAGGCUGGAACGCGGAGAGGUCGGCAGGCUGCAGCGGCAGCGGCGAAGAAGGCGGCGGGAGGUGGUCUAGCGGGAUUGAAUAAGAAUAAGGCUAAGGGGAAGAGAAAAAGGGUUUGA